AUGGGGAGAACAGUUCAACCUGUGCAAGGGGCACCGGGAAUGGAGCUCGGGGAAGGGGGGAAGCCUGGCUCAGCGGGAGGGAGGGGGGAGGGGCUGUUGGCGGGGGGACUAUGCGGAACUGAGAUGGGCGGAGGUGGCGUGGGGAAAGGAAAGCGCGUGGCGGGAGCGUGGCCUUCUCACGGUUUCCGCGAUGGCGCCAACGUCGUCACCAUUGCGCAUACUUUCCACCAUCAAGUCACUUCGUCGAUUCUCGUCACUCCGUCGGUGUCUGCUACUCCACCCUUCGUCCCUAGCCAUCGCUUCUCUCUCCAUCUUCUCCUCCUUCCCUUCAGCCUAGUCUCGACGGCUCCAGACGAUUUCCCGCCUCCCCAUCCCGACGAUGUCGCCGCGUUAAUCGCGGUCAAGGCGACUUGGGGCGAAUUCCUGGGCUCCGACACGUGGCGCGUAACCCGCUCUUGCCGCGAGUGGAAAGGCGUGACGUGUGACCCAUCCAGCGGUCGAGUCAGGCGGAUCGAUUUGUCAGGAUGUCAGAUUCAGGGGAGGCUGCAUAGGGAUAUCGGCAAUCUUCCCGCUAUGGAGUCACUCAUUCUAAGCAACAACGAAAUCGACGGUUUCUUGCCCGCCACUUUAUCUCGUUUAUGGAAGCUGCAGUCGCUGUUUCUAGAUAGGAAUGGAAUUAGUGGGCAUAUCCCGGCUGGGUUGGGCUCGUUACCGAAUCUUCGCAUGCUCGACUUUGGUUACAACAAUUUGACCGGCACGAUCCCAGACGAUAUCGGUAACAGUAGUUCGAUCACUUCGCUCAUUCUACAGCACAACCAGAUUGGCGGGAAGAUCCCGCCCUCGUUAGGAGCAUCCCCGUCUUUGUCUGUGCUCAUCCUCAAUAACAACCGCAUAGAUGGGCAGAUUCCGUACGCGAUAGGAACAGCUUCGAAUCUGUAUUCGCUGGACUUGAGUCACAAUCGACUGUACGGACGGAUUCCCGAUGUGUUCUCGCAUUCGCCCAGCCUUUACAUGCUCAAUGUGGCGAAUAAUUUUCUCACCGGUCAGCUGCCCGAUUUCCCUGCGAAAACUGGCGAUAUCAACGGCGAAUCCGAGUUUUUCGUCGACGUGUCAAACAACUACUUGUACGGGCCGCUGAAAAUGAUGAUGGGAAACGUUUCAAUCUGCCCGACAAGUGACCGCGUGCCUGGCUUGCGGGUUUCAGUGGGGGGGAACUGCAUGUCCGGUUCUUUCAGCUGCCCCGCUACACUUUCUCCAGCCUCAGCGAAAACCCGCCAAUUGCAACGCGUUCUGCAAAACAUUUCGUUCGCCGGGCAGUGCGGCGGGCAGGGAACAUGCAUUCCCAAAAGCUCGGUUUCUCAACGGCUGAUGCGGAAUGUGACGUGUGCUUGUAACGAGGGCUACCUGCCCGACCCUAAAGAUCCUUUUGCAUGUCGCGAGGAGGGGGAGCUUUUGGAGCAAAAGGAGGACGUAUUGCGGAAAGAAGCACUGUGGAGGGCGGAGGCGGCGGGGGAAAGCGGAGGAGAGGCGGAGGGGGAGGGGGAAGAGGAGGAGGGGAAGGGCAAUGGGGUGUCGGUCGGAGAUUUAGCAGAGCAGGAAGCGGAAACAGGUGGGGCGGAAGGGGGAGAUGAGGUGAGCGUGGGGGAGUGGGGAGAGGUGCAGGUGGGGAGAAGGGCGGGGGAAGGACGGGGGACGGGGGAAGCGGGGGGAGCGGGAGGAGCAGGGGGAGCGGCGGAGGGGUAG